UCUUUUUUGGUUUAUUUCCUAGCCCAUCUCCCCUUACCUACGCGUCCUACCAGAAUAGCGCUUAUACCGCCUUACAGAGCAAUCAGGUGGCACCAACUCCAAGAGGAGAAGAUCUCGGCAGCAUCAUUUCAAGCCCAACAUGCCAUCGAGGAGGUGCCGACGUGCUCUCAGCACUCCACGCCGAGCUAUUAUAUUCAAAUGAUAAUAAUGUGACACCUCAGAGGUCAGCCUUUACCUUCAAGGGCAUUUUACAGGGCUGAGGAUGAGUUUCACGCUCCCCAAAAGCGAAUCGACGACCUCCUUGCUGAGAUCUUCCGCACCGGCCAGGAGCGAUCAUCCCGGAGCCCGGAGGAUGCACCAUCAGCGCUCCGCGGCGGCGGCGGCGGCAUCUGGAGCGGAGACGGCGGAUUGCGAUGCGAGCUCGCGGAGACCCCUUUGUCACCCCUCACUGGUCGGCGCCCGGAAUAGCGCGGAGAAGAGCCACCCACAACACUCCCACUCCCAUGGACACGCUCUUUCCCCGGCUCGCAGUCAGGAGGACCUGUCGGAGCUUCCCGACGGAAGAGAGCGCAAGACAGCCAGACGACACCACCACCACCACCACCACCAUCACCAUCAUCACCACAACCGUCACCAUCACCAUCACCGCCACCGGUCCACCCGGGACGACCUGCCUCAGGAGCCCCGUCCCAAGCACUCUCACGCCGCUCGCAUGCCCACCAGAACUCAGUCUUUCUCCGAGUCCAGGGACGAAACGGCUCUGUUUUUUGAGUCGCCUCAGCUGGCUCGACCGGGCUCUUCAUCGAGCAGAGAGGCGUGUCCAGCCUCCACCGCCUCAUCCUCGCCGGUGCCCGCUUCCUCCAGCCGCUCCUCCCGCAGAUCGGGGAGGUCCAGCGCAGCAUCUUCUGAAGCCGACUUCAACCUGCGGCCGUUCCUCAGCUCGGUGUUUGGACAGAAUCGAGAGCUGAGACCUGAGGAGAUUGAUGAGUUGCGAGAAGCGUUUAAGGAGUUUGAUAAAGAUAAAGAUGGCUUCAUCAGCUGUAAGGACCUGGGGAACUGCAUGAGAACUAUGGGCUACAUGCCCACCGAGAUGGAACUAAUAGAACUGAGCCAACAAAUCAACAUGAACUUAGGUGGCCAUGUGGAUUUCGAGGACUUUGUGGGGUUGAUGGGACCUAAACUCCUGGCAGAGACAGCAGAUAUGAUCGGCAUCAAAGAGCUGAGAAACGCCUUCAAAGAGUUUGACACAAACGGAGAUGGUGAAAUAAGCACAGGAGAGCUACGGGAAGCUAUGAGGAAGCUGCUGGGACAACAGGUUGGUCACCGAGACCUAGAGGACAUACUGAGAGACAUCGACUUAAAUGGAGAUGGCCGUGUAGACUUUGAAGAGUUUGUGCGAAUGGUGUCCCGCUGAGAGGGCAGCAUUCAUACGGUUUCUCCGACAGAAGAAAGUGAGAUGCUGUACUGCUUCCUGCUGGUCAAAGCAGACAGGCUAUUAGACUACUGCAAGAAAAGCCUCGCUGAGCCAGUGCAUGGUAUAAAAACGAAAAACUGGACUUUUUGGAGAAAAAAAAAACACAUACACAAAGUACACACUUAUACUGUAGCCAAGAGUCUCUGCACUUCUAACCAUGCAAGACCAAACAAUAUAUGUUUUUUUACAUGCGCAUUUGAAGGAGAGUACCAUGCUUGAUUAUGGCAAUAUUACAUUAAGUGUUGUCCCCGUUGACCCGUAUAUAUAUAUAUAUAUAUAUAUAUAUAUAUAUAUAUAUAUAUAUAUAUAUAUAUAUAUAUAUAUGUGUCUCUUUGUAAUAAGGUAGAUGAAGAAAAUGAUGUCUAAAAAGUUUUGGUUUUGUUUGCAGUAACGUAGCGGCGUAAACGCGUUGACUUCCAGAUAAUACGUUAUAUAAGUCAAGCUCAGCUGCCUAACUCCACUUGUUUGUCUUUGUCACACAAUUUGCCAGUUUCUGUUCUUAUUUCACAGUGCAUGCCUUCGAAACAAAUAUAAACCACUGUGCAAGAUCGGACUGAAACGGAACCAGAUUUUGUUGCCGUGUUAACUUGUUUUAAAGAGUGGUUUCUAACUUUAGAAAUGUUUGAUUCACUUUUUUUUUUUCGUGACACACUUGUCAGGAAACUAAUUUCAAGAGCACAGAGUUUCGCCCUACGCGGUCUUGUAUCUGAAUCAGUGCACAAUAUCCAGAUAUUACGAAACAUUCAAAACCCGAUCAGUAUGAGCUUACGAAACAGGUUUAUUUAUUUGAAUCGAUUCUCUUCGUGUCUUCGUUUGUGUGACAUCUGUAGUCUUAAUUGUUAUCUGACCAGAUUCUUGCAUGCCAAAAAGACCUUCAUAUGUAAUAUAGUGGUUUUAAUACAUUGUAACAAAAUAAGCGAAUAAAACCGUGUCUAGUAAUAGCAUAUAUUUUUCAUCA